AUGUUACAACCGAAAGGUGAUUGCAUUUUCUGUUCCAUUGCUCAUGGACUAAGUAAUGAACCAAUUCGUUCAGAAACUAACAAUGUGGUGAUAUUUGCUGAUCGUUAUCCAAAAGCUAAAUAUCAUUUUCAGUGUGUACCUAAACAGCAUAUCAGAAAUGCUAAACAGUUGAAACAUGAAGAUGUCCCACUGGUUGUAGAAAUGGUGAAUUGUGGAAAAGCAUUUAUCACUAGUCAACUUCAUUUAAAUCCUGACGACUUUUUAUUUGGAUUUCACUGGCCACCAUUCAACAGUGUUCAUCACUUACAUAUGCAUAUAUUGGGACCUAAAAAGUGUAUGAAUUUCAAUCCAAUGUUUGAUAGUCGGUUUCAUAUCUUUAAAAAGGUUGAAAAAGUACUCAGUGAUUUGCAUGCAAACAUUCAAGUGGAAGGAGAUAGGACUGUUUUGUUUUAA